GGGCUGAAAUCCUGGGACCUCAGAGUCAUCUAAACCUCCUAGCCAUGAUCCGGCAGUUCCAAGCGUCCUGUCUUGUCCUGUUUUUCCUGGUUAGCUUUGCUCAGCAGACCCUAAAGCCUGAAGAUAGGAAGGUGGAUUGCGACAAAAACGUGACAGGCACCAUCUAUGAGUAUGGAGCCCUCACCCUCAGCGGCGAGGAGUACAUCCAGUUCAAGCAGUUUGCAGGCAAGCCCAUCCUGUUUGUCAAUGUAGCCACCUACUGCAGCUUGACAGCUCAGUAUCCUGAACUGAAUGCGCUCCAGGAGGAGCUGAAGAGCCUGGGAGUCAUUGUGCUGGGCUUUCCCUGCAACCAGUUUGGAAAACAAGAACCAGGAGCAAACUCAGAGAUACUUCUUGGUCUCAAGUAUGUGCGUCCAGGUAGCGGCUUUGUACCCAAUUUCCAGCUCUUUGAGAAAGGGGAUGUGAAUGGAGAAAAAGAACAGAAGGUCUUUACUUUCCUGAAGAACGCCUGCCCUCCGACCUCUGAUCUUUUGGGCUCAUCAAACCAGCUCUUCUGGGAGCCCAUGAAGGUCCAUGACAUCCGCUGGAACUUUGAAAAAUUUCUGGUGGGGCCCCAUGGAGUCCCUGUCAUGCGCUGGUUCCACAGUAUUCCAGUCAGCACAGUCAAGUCAGACAUCCUGGUGUACCUAAAGUCUAACCCACUAGGAAAUGGUAGCGACUAACAGAAGCAACUACCUGGCCUCCUGCCUGCAGGAAUGUCUAACAAAGCAUCCUUCUUCCUCCGUCUUUGCUCCACACCUGCCUACCCAGCCUCCUGAUGACCAAACCAUUCCAUACUACCCAAGCAGCUGCUUAGCAUGUGUGUGUGGAUAUGUAGAAUUGUAUUUGUUGAUAUAUGCAUAGUUGUUUGUAUGUAUAGUGUGUGUGUGUGUGUGUCUGAAGAUUAAGGAAAAGAAAAUCUAUAUUCCCCACUCUUUGAUCCUGAAAUAUCUAUUCAAAAGGAGAAUCACAUUUUAGGGUAGAUGGUUCAGACUAUCCUGUGUCCCUAAAAAACCAAUCCCCAGAAGUUGUGACAUUUGUCUUUUCCCCUUACUGGAAGUUUAAACAAAGCAGGAGCUAGCGGCAAGACUCUAGGCCUCCUUCACAGCCUCUCUCCUGUAAGAUAGGCAGGCAUUGUUAAACGCUUUAUUCCCCUGCCACCCAGUAGUUCUCAUGUAGGACCUCUGAAAGCAGAGUGGGAGCAGAAACCCCACCUCACAUGAAGGCAAGGGCAUCUCCAUGACGGUGGAUCCUAAAACCCUUCUGGGUCGGACCCAGCCGGAGCCUUCCUUGGUGCCUGUCCCUCAGUGCAUUCAGGUCGUGGCACCUGUGCAGGAUGUCCCUGUAUUCUGAAUGAUGGGCUUUCUCCUCACGCUGAGGCUCCUCCACUUUAAACUUAUUCUGAUCGCUGUCUUGAAUUAAAAAAAUCUGCAGCAA